UGAGGAUUCAUUAGGAAGGACAGGGGAAGAGAACAAGUCACCAACUGCAAGUAAAACAUACCCUUCACUAGAAAAGAGGUUUAUGGACUAACACAAGGGUGUCUCGAGCGAAAUUCUUGCAGGAGGACAGAGACCCAGAGUCCACAUUUUCUCUUCUCUCUUCUGUGGCAAAUACUUGGCUGAAUAGAGAUGGACUGGAAGAGCAGCAAUUCCAUUGGUUUUGUGUUCAUCCUGGCUCUUCUAUCCAUUUUUAAAACAGCAGGUUUGUGGAACAGCAGCACUUCCACCGUUUUAGUGCUGAUCCUGGCUUUUCUAUCCAUUUUGAAAACAGCAGGUUUCUGGAACAACCAAGGACAGAAUUUUCCUCCAGGACCAAGACCAUUACCUAUAAUUGGAAAUAUUAUUUUGUUUGAUUUGAAGAGACCCUACAGGACUUAUCUACAGCUGUCCAAAAAAUACGGUCCAGUCUUCAGUGUUCAGAUGGGACACAGGAAAAUUGUAGUGAUUUCUGGGUAUGAGACAGUGAAGGAAGCUCUUGUAAACCAGGCAGAUGCAUUUGCAGAGAGACCUAAAGUCCCAAUCUUUGAAGAUUUGACCAAGGGAAACGGGGUUAUUUUUGCUCAUGGUGAAAACUGGAAGGUGAUGAGAAGAUUUACCCUCACAACCUUACGAGACUUUGGGAUGGGCAAAAAGGUCAUUGAGGAUCGAAUCGUAGAGGAGUAUGGGCACCUGGCAGACACCAUCGCCUCACAGGAAGGAAAGCCCUUCGAUGCCAGCAAAAUAAUUAAUGCAGCAGUUGCUAAUAUAAUUGUGGCAAUGUUGCUUGGAAAACGAUUUGACUAUAAAGACUGCAGAUUUGUGAGACUUCUACAUCUGACCAAUGAAAGCAUGAGGCUUGCUGGGAAACCUUUGGUUACGAUGUACAAUAUCUUCCCAUACCUUGGAUUCUUCCUAAGGGCUAACAAGCCUCUCCUCCGAAACAGAGAUGAAUUCCAGGCUUAUGUACGAGUUACUUUUGUAGAACAUCUCAAAAACCUGGACAAAAAUGACCAAAGAAGUUUAAUUGAUGCUUUCCUGGUUAAACAGCAGGAGAAAUCCACUAUCAGUGGGUAUUUCCAUAAUGACAACUUGCUAAGCUUGGUGAGCAAUUUGUUUACUGCUGGUCUUGAGACAAUUUCCACCACACUAAACUGGGGCUUGCUGCUGAUGCUGAAGUACCCUGAAAUCCAGAAAAAGGUUCAAGAAGAGAUAGAGCAAGUGAUAGGGUCCAACCCCCCACGGAACGAGCACCGAGCUCAGAUGCCAUACACAGAUGCUGUCAUCCAUGAAAUUCAGAGGUUUGCCAAUAUCCUGCCCCUGGAUUUGCCUCAUGAGACUGCUGCAGAUGUCACCCUCAAAGGCUAUUUCAUUCCCAAGGGAACCUACAUCAUCCCUUUACUGACUUCUGUCCUGAAAGACCAGUCGCAGUGGGAGAAACCAGACAUGUUCUACCCUGAGCACUUCCUUGAUGCCAGUGGGAAAUUUGUGAAGAAAGAUGCUUUCAUGCCUUUUUCAGCAGGGCGGAGGAUCUGUGCUGGAGAGACUCUUGCCAAAAUGGAGCUCUUCCUCUUCUUCACCAGUCUCCUGCAGAGGUUCAACUUCCACCCUCCACCUGGAGUUUCCAACUCAGACCUGGACCUCAGCCCUGCCAUUUCAUUUAAUAUCAUCCCCAAACCCUAUGAAAUAUGUGCCACAGCACGUUCCUAGAGCUCCAAUCAGCAUCCACUGUGUUUGAAAAAUCUUUAAUUUACUUUUCGAUUAGAUCUGUCUUCUUAAUUCUUUCACCAAAAUAAUCCGUAUUUCAAUGAAGGUUUUCAGUACUUCAAA